AUGGCUAAGGCUAGUACUACUUCAACCAAACUUCAAUCAAUUAAUAGAAAUCUUUCUGUUGAUAGAGAAAGACUUUCUAAUGCUUGUGUAAUUGGGUUAUAUGUUGUUCUUGGUAAUUCCGUUACAGUUAAACUUCCAUCAAAGAAAUCAAAAAAUACACUUGCACAUCUUUCUAUUGCCAAUGCUUUUAUUAAUGGAAAAGAUGUUAAUGAGCUUGUUCAAGAACAAUAUGCUUUUCCAAGUGUUUUAGAUAAAAAUAAAAGAAGAGAUAAAGAAGUUGCUAUUUUUAAUGCUAUUUCUAAAGAAGUAGCAAGGAUUCAUUUUAAACUUGCUAAGAGAACAGCUGCAAUUAAAACUCUUAAGUUAAAGAUAUAUAAAGAAAUAGGUCCAUUUAAUAAAAACGGUGUUACUUUAUUUGGGAAUGAAGUUACUUCAAGUUUAAUGAAAAGAAAUCCUUGUGGAAGAUGUUCUCAAAGAGCUUAUGUAGAGUUAAAAGGAUAUGAUGAAGAAAUAGUAAAUAUUUUCCAUUCUAUCUGUGAUAAAAAAGAAAAUGUUACUGAUAACUAUAUCUCAGAUUAUCCUGAAUUAUUUAGAACUGAUUUAAAACCAGAAAUGGAAUUUGAUAAAAGAAGUGAUGAAGUUGUGAGAAAUACUCCAACUUUUGAAAAUUCAUGUGUUAGAGGUGUGUUUAAACUUUCCAAUGAAAACUUUUAUUCAACUGAAACAGCUAACUGGUUCACUAUUGAAUAA